AUGAUCCAGCUCGAUACCGACAAAAGUCUGCCGCAAAAGGAGCUCGACUCUCCUAGCGUCGCUCCGAGUCGUUCCGUAUCAGAGCCCGAACCUUCCAUCCCUCUUCGCUCCACAGUUCUCCAGUCUCGUCCUUGGCUCGGGUGGCUCGCCGUUUACACCUUCGUGCUGCUCGUGUUCUUCUUCUAUCGCCAGUAUUCAAUGACGGCUUUGAUUUCCAUGUACGCAACGGCCAAAGACGCGACGUUCCUCGUCGUGCUGGCAACGCUGACACUCGGCUUCAUCGAGGACUUUGUCUGUGCCACGUACUUCACCAGUACGUUGUGGCUCUUUGACGUGUUUGUGCUGUACGUGAAGAGUCAGCACAGCAGGAGCACUUCAAAUGACACUGUGGACGCCCCGCUCCCCCAAGUCGGUAGCAAAAUCACCACGUUUGCCGUCUCGUGGCUAAUGUACGUGGCAAUGGUGAUCCCAUUCUGGACCGACUUACUGCUCGUGCGAUUACGGGGUAUGCGCUUCACCUUUGCGCUUGUAUCAAUGGCAAUCAGUGAGAAGGACAACAUCAGUGCCGUGCCCAUCUCCAGCGACGAGUGGACCGAAGGGUACGUGCACGCAGGUGUCCUUCUACUCCUAACUACGUCAUUUGCAAGCAUCCGGACGUGGACGUCGUGGAUGAAUCUGGCAUCCUGGUCCCCCACUCACCUUCUUGAUUGCUCAUCCCGUCAAGACCUACCACAAGUCGAGACUCCAGACGACAAUAGCGUGGACAAACCCAACACGGAUGGAGCAGUAGGGGCUCAAAGUCCGAAACCCGUGACGUUCAAGAAAGCACUUCCCCUUGAAGAUGACGCGACACCUCGUUAUAUGGUCGUCCAGGUUGUUGAGACUGCUGACAAUGGAGAGACCGAAGAGUCCAAGAUGUUGGGUGAUGGGAUCGAGCUUCCAUGUCGAAGACUUGAGCGAAGUUCGUACCUGAAACAAGGCGUUGCAGUGGUGCUUAGUCUGCUGCUUCUGCCGGUUAUGGCAGUGAUCGCUGCUUACACGACUUCCCCGCUCGUUGCCUACUCGGCGCUAAACACUUCGUUAAAUGAGCUAUUGGGGGGAGUGUUGCAACCCACGCUGCCGGACUUGAAUGUCAGUCUACCGUGGCCCGAGAAAUUCAUCCACCUUGAAACGGAGGACUACACGCUAUUUGGCAGCAACUCGCUGUAUCGACGAACAACGGGGUUCCACGGAGAUCUCGCGUUCGACGUCAAUGUCUCGCCUGACGAUCCGCCUAAUGUCCUCGUGCUCGUCGUCGAGUCGUUCCGGUUUCACGAUUCUCGCUACCUCGUUGGAGACGAAGACCCAUCGAACUUGUUUCGAGGGACGAACCUAACGAUCACCCCCAACUUUGAUCGAUGGGCCAAGCGCGGCGUGGCACUGCGUAACUUUUGGUCGAGUUGGCGCACGAGUCGAUCCGUGGAGAGCAUCCUGUUCGGACAGCUUCCCUAUGACAGCACGACCGAGUCUGGCAUGACCGGAGGAAGGAACGACACGAAGCUCUCUGGGUUGCCACAACUCUUCACGGCGAAAGGGUACGAGACGUUCUUCACCACUGGAUGCACAACCGAUUACGACGCCUGGGAUCUCUUUCUCCCAUCGCACGGGUUUGACACGGUUUGGGGUCGUGGUGAAAUGAUGGAGCUAGCAGAACGAGACUUGGGCAUCAAGUCGGACGAGUGGUUCGGCGCCGAACAUCGCAGUCUCAGCUGGGGAGUACACGACGACUUGAGCUUCGAGCUGCUGGGGAAUUUAAUGAUCAACAAGACGAAAGAGCAAAGCGAGCGACGCGUCGACAAGAAGCUUAAGAAGCCGCUCUUUCUCACGCAUUACACGAUUUCUAGUCACAUGGACUUCAAGCAACGUCCACGAUGGUUUGACGAAGCUGCGAAGCCCAAUUUCUCAGCUCUGUACGAAGGACAGGAGUACGCAGACAACAUCCAAAACUACCAGGAGAUCCGGUACUUCACCGACAUGGAGCUUGGAAAGUUCAUGGACCGCAUGGAAGAGGAGGGAAUUCUAAACGAUACCAUUGUCGUGAUCGUAGGCGACCAUGGACAAGGACCUGAGUUUGGCAACAACGUUCCUGAGGAUCGAGACGUAUCGGCGACUCGAGUAGCUGGCACCAUUAUCGCUGAAGGGCGAAUGGCUGAAGCAGCUGGGCUUGUCAUUGAUGAUGCUACCGAACAGUACGAUAUCUUGAAUACGCUUGCAGACAUCACUGGCCUACCUGAAGGAGGGUUCGUUCAGGACGGAGUAGGUCGUUCUUUGAAGCGCAAGGUCAAGUUUGGAGAGAGGAUCGUGUACAGCAAUAAUCCCACACGGAAGAUGUCGAUUGUUCGCGGCCAUGAACGACUUCGGUAUGACCGCGUGACGGACUCGGUGCUGCUUCAUAACGCAGAUACUGAUCAUGACAUGAAGGUUGAUCUGUUCCCCGACCUUGCCGCGAAGGAACAAGCGGAAUGGCUGCGCAGACGUGAUGAAGGACGUCGGAUCAACGAGUACUUUACAAAGCGCUGGGACAACAAAUGUCUGCUUACCUCUGAGUGCGACGGUACUGCUAGCACCGCAGAAUAA